AUGAAAGUAAAACCUGAUGACCUUGGCACUGAGGUUCGGGCCAUCAAUCAGACAAGAACUGGAGGUGUCUUGUUGGAACAUGGCUGGGACACCACAAACUGUGACCUCUUCAGUGCUGUACUGAAGGAAGAGAUCAGGGAAAUGGGGACCGCCCAAAGGCUAGAGCCAAUGGUAGUAACAAAAACCACACAAAUUAGAUUUUUUAGCUCUAAACAUAGGAAGAACUUACAGGAAUCUCAAGUAAAGGAGUUGUUAGAUAAUGCAACAGUGUAUGAAAACGAAAUUGAAAAUAAUGAAUGGUCAACAUCAUCCUAUCUUAAUCCACGUCUACAAUCAAAACAUGCACUAAGACCAAGAGUUGAUCCCAGAGAAACUUCUAUUUUACUUUUUCCUGGUGAAGGUAGUCAAUAUGUUGGAAUGGGUGAAAGUCUUUUGAAGUUCCCGGGUGUGAAAGACAUUUUUGGAGUAGCAAAUGAUAUCUUAAAAUAUGACAUUUUAUCACUUUGCAUGAAAGGUCCAAAAGCAAAAUUAAAUGAAACAAAGUAUGCUCAAGUGGCAGUUAUGAUAUGUUCAUUUGCAGCACUAGAAAGAUUAAAAGAAGAGCGUCCACAUAGUGUAAAUAAUUGUAUUGCUACAGCUGGAUUUGGUAUAGGAGAAUUAACAGCAUUGACUUUUGCUGGUGUUUUGUCUUUUGAAAGAGCUGUGAGACUGGCUCAACUGAGAGGGGAGGCUAUGCAGGUAGCCAGCGAGAUGGAACAAUCUGGCAUGAUUACAGUGCUCUACAAACACAGCACCAGAAUUCAUGAAGUACUGGCCAAGGCUAAGGAGUAUGCUGCAAGUGAAGGUGUGAAUAAACCUGUCUGUGAAGUUGCUCACUUUUUGUUUCCUCACUGCAAGGUACUUGCAGGACAUACUCAGUGUUUGGAUUUCAUCGAGAAGAACUGGAGGGACCUUGAUCUAGAAAGGGUAAGAAGACUGCCUCUGCAAGGGGCUCCCCACACACAACUGAUGGAGCCGGCUGCAUACACAUUCCGCAAGUACCUGGCAAGGUCUACGCUGCAAGACCCAGUGAUAGCUGUACACUCGGGGCUGGAUGGCAAAUGUUAUAAAGAUAAGGGAGAUGUUGUGAACAAGCUCCCUAAACUGAUAAUGAAGCCUGUCAAAUGGGAACAGUUGAUGCAUGUUCUCUAUGAGAGGCCAGUUGGACAGCACUUUCCCUACACAUUCGAAUGUGGACCCGGAAAUACACUCAAAACUAUAAUGAAAAUGGUCAAUUCUAAAGCAUAUGAUGUUUGUGAAACUGUUUUUUGAGUACUUUUCUCUAUAAACAUUGUAUAUAUUAUUACUCUGUUACAAAUUGACAAUAAAUAGCUUUCUUAAAGGA